AUGACAAGCACCUUGCAUCCGGCAAAGGUGUUACUGCUGGCUGUUCACUUCGCACAACAUGCCGAUAUCGAUAGUCUCUCGCUCUUGACCAAUACUUAUACAUCUGUUCUUCACGAUGAACUUCUACUGCGCAUUCUUUUAACACAUUUACCGGAGACUGUGAGACCUGAUACCUAUAUUGGUUUCUUGCACAACUUGGCUGGCCGAAGCUUCGAGCCGUGCCAACUCACUGAGCUAGAUACGUCGCCGGUGAACAGCAUAAAUGACCACGAAGCCGCAAAGAGAGCUGCGAAACUUCAUCUACUAUCACUUACAUGCCGGAAACAGCCGGAGAUUACCUCGGGUGAUGCCCUGAGCCGUUUCCUGGUUCUGAGAAUCUACCAGAUGAAUGAAGAAACUGGGAUGCUCGCCCAAUUGCUUGAUCUGCUUCUACCAUUUCUUCACCACGAUCCUGGCAUACAUAAAUGGGCAGCAUCCACUAUAAUACCGUAUGUACGAAAGGGUCUUCAAUACCCCCCCGGAAUAUCGCCUCCAUAUUCAUUACUCGAGUUCGAGAAAUUGCCUGAUCAGCAAGCCGUGGACUUCUUGCUGUGUUCAGCUGAUUCUCGCACGCAACCGAGAAAAAAUGUUGAUCACGACCUGAGAGACAUUAUAGGGCCAUGGCUCUAUGAUAAUGACCGAUGGGACAAUUCCUCAGAGAGUAACGAGUCAUCGAGUGUCUAUUGUCCUGGUUGGCACCAAGUUUGCGACUGGUUGCUCUCCCAGGCCACCUUAUCAUGGCCCACUGCUAUUCAAGCCAUUGAAGACUGGGGCGGCCCAGAGGAUGUGAGAUUUGGUCACGGGAUAGUAGUCGACCUUCCAGCUUCAUACAAACAUUACUUUCAGCAGACUUAUGCCACGACCAUCUUGGCUUAUGCCACAAAGCUAUUACUCGCUCUCACUCAAAGUGCUUACAUACUGACCCUUUUGGGCUCACCCUCGUCACCCAGACGUGUUGGAGACCUCACAUUUCGCCGUGACGAACGGGAUCAAAAGUCUGAAACUUUGAAACUGCUGAGAAAUAUUGCAGCCCAAGCAUCCAAAGAAAAUGACGACUUUCUACUUAGGGCCCGAGCAUUCCUGCUUUGGCUCCAGGACUGGGGUCACGAAGCUGCUGACAAAUCCACUGCUGGAGCGGCAACGGCUGGUACACUUGGCAUGGUGAGUAUGGAGUAUGUGGAAGCAGAGUUCCUGAAGUUACUAUUAUCCAGAGAACGCUAUAACCUUGCGCGCAAUUUGUACGAUAAUGAAGGGCCUGCACGUCUCCCUGCCGAGGUUAUACGGGAUUCAGUUUACGACGCGGCUCUGGGUGCCUUUGAUAAUGCCACUAACCCGAAUAGGUCUCGAGGAGGCUUGAAGAGAUGCGAUGAAAUUCUUCAUGCUUUACCAAAGACUGUAAGCCAGUCACUGCCAGGGACAAGGCGGAUACUCGCGCUUUUGAAAGCCACCCACGCUUUGAGUGACUAUCGCCUGGUUCUCAAGCAAGGAGAGCCCUUUAGUCCAGUGGUUCUCAGGGUACACUCCGAUCCGAUAUCCAUCAUCGAAAAGGUGUUGGAACAAAACACAAGGGCCUAUACGCGCCUCCAGGAGUUCCUGGAAAUGGGUAUGGACAUGGUUCGAGCAGGUUUGCCAUCCCUUGGCAAGCUGGAUUUUUCUACAAUGUCGACAACGGAUGCGGAACUAAAUUGUAUCGUUGAUAUUGCAGAGCGACGCAUAACAGCGAUGUGUAUUGAAGCUGCUUUGAAGGAAGAUGACUUUGAAACAGCAUACUCCUAUGUCGCCAGUCGCCUAAACGCGCAAAGUUCUGAAGACCAUUAUACUUCGCCGCGGCCAGUCGUGGAUGACUGGUCUUGGAAGGCUGCGCUGCAGGCUGGUCAAUACGUUCGUACAGAGCGUUCGCAACAACCAACUCAUUUGGGCACGGCAAGUGGCAAUCUUGAGAUACGACACCUUGAACAGCGUAUCGAGUGCCUUGCCACCGCGCUGCGAGUGGCGCCAACUAGUCAGCUUCAGGAAAUCCUCAAGAGCUUCCGGCGCUGUGAAGAACAACUUGACUCGGCAAUUAAGGAGGAAGCAGCUAAUGAGUCGGCUUGGGGGGCAGAAUCUGGGGUUGACAACGUUCCAGGAGCAUUCGAUCAUAUUGAUGCUGAGCAACAAUAUCCUGUCAGGAACUUAAGUGCAGGUGCAGCCGCCCAACAGGCGGAGGAAGCGCCUAUGUCUCUAUUCGAUCUAUCCAGAGCGACCGCUCGCGCCGCUCAGCGAAAUUUCGCCGCUAUUCCAAGUCUACAAAGCAUCACCAGGGGCAUUAACACCGAUAGCAAUGAACUUGAAGAAGGAUGGCCACCCGCCCGAAUCCGUAAACGAGAUCAGCUGCGUGAAGCUGCGACCGGGACGCUCGUGUCUGGGGUAGGGUGGCUAAUCGGAGCUAAUGUUGGGCAAAAUAAAGAAGAAAGUAUCUGA